AUGCAUCCGUCAGUGAUGACACGGUCACUCUAUGUCAGUUCUAAGGACCGACAGGCUGAGGUUGCACAGAGAAGAAAGGAACGGGAGGAUAGGAUGAACAAAGAGUAAGGAUCAGUAUUAUUUUGAAAAUGAAAAAAUUGUAGGCGGGAAGAACGGAUUCGUUUGGCAAGGGAAAGGGCUCAGCGAGCAUUGGAACGUAAAGAAGAAGGUCUAAAAGUAAAAGCAACGAAGAACAAGCAACAAGAACAGGAGAGGUUAAAAGAAAUUCAGCGAAAAAGAGCUGAGAAUGAGAGGAAACAGUUGGAAAAGAAGAAAUUAAGUAUUUUUUUCUUGAAUUAAUGUUUGUUUUUAGGUGAUUGAGCUGAAGGCAAGUAGUAGCCGAAUCUCGCCUCAACGGCAUUCCAAGAAUCCAAUUGCUUUUGGAUCUGGAGUUCCAAGGAAGUUAGAUUUUGGGCCUUCAGCAAAACUUGGGACAACAUCGUCAACGGGAUCAACUCCACUAAAGCAACCAGACAAGAGGUUGCCUCCUCGAGUCUUACUCACCUCAUCAGUGUAUUCUCCCAGCGCCAAAACCCGGCCCAAGCCGGAACCGCGAAAACCGGACGUUUUGAUGACUAGGUCGAUGUAUGUUACACCAGUUUCAUCCUCAGGCACACGCAGGAGAAAUACUGCAAGGAAUGAACGAGUAAGUCAAAAUAAAAGCAGCCGAUAUUUUUUUGAAUAAGCUCAACUUUACAAUUUUAGCCAGUUCCUGCCAUAAGAAGGAAGUCAGUCGAUGCCUCGCGUACAAAGGUUCAAGUUAGCAAACCUGCGGUUGUCAUUGAGAAUUCUUCCAAACUGGAUAACAAUGACUCUGGAGCUGGAACUUCCGCGAAUGCUUCGAUUGAAUCAAUUAUAUUAGCAUCAAGUGCUAAUGUACCACAUGUGGAUAACAGGGAUAGUGACAAUGAAAGCAGUGGAACUGUAAACUUGGCAAUGCCCUCUGUGAAUUUAGAAAAGCUUGUAACUGUGACCCCUGCAAUCGAACAGUCAUUGGCGGAGACAGUGGACGAUAAGCACUUUUCAGACGAGUCAGAUGCUAUUCCAUUGGUGUCUUCUAGAGAAGCAAUUGAAAAAAAAUUAGUGGACUGUGGCAUACCCCAAAACGUGGACAGUGAAAUUUAUUCCGAAGUUGUCGUUGUAGUGGAAGGUAUACAAUUGUUGCUCGAAGACAAUAACGGCUUAUUGGGGUCAGUGACGGUUGAGAAAAAAUCGGAAAUUGAAGGAGAUAUGGUAACAACCGAGGAUACUCUGCCUCCAGAAGACCCAAUUAAUAGAGGUGACAAACAUGACGAUAAGGAGGCUGGUUAUCCUCAGCUUGAUAAAGGAAAGGUGGGCGAGGCCUUUGACAAGGAGAUGGUCGUUGAGAAACCAGUGAACGGAAUAGCGAAGGAUGCGAAUGAUUCUGUACAGGUCCAGGAUCAAAGACCAUAUAGAAAUCAGUUAAAACAACAGAUCGAAUCCGCGUCGUCUGGAAUUUUGGAAAAUGUGGAAAUAUGCGAUCAGCCAGAAAUUCAAGAAGAGAGACCACUGAAUGCUUUUAUAAGUCGUCUGGGAAACAAUUCUUCUCCGAAUCUUGAGAAGAUCACCGAACCUACGUCUGGGAAACCUGCAAGCCCUGAAUUACUGCACCAUUCAGACGUAAGUUCCAUGAAGCGAUGCUAAACCCCGUUAAAUUUUAGUCCACUCCAACAUUGAAGCCUCUUAAAGGUGGCGCUGUGCUUGGCCUCACAGAAAAAUUGGAGCAGGAAAGACUGAGCCGUCGGCAGCGACUUGCGGAGAUAAUGAUGAAAAACCGAGAUUCCAAUGCUCACACAACUCCAGUGCUGGCUGCCCCCGUGAACCCGAUGGAAGGGAUGGAUCGUAUUCGAGAAUUGCUCGAUCGCCGGGCCAAAAGUAAUGCGUCCAUGAACAAUAGCCAACAAAAUACACCUCUGAAUGAAGGCCCUGCAACGCCGAGUCUUUCAAUAGAACUACAAGCGACUUCUUUAGCCGAAGAACUAGCUAAUCUACAGGUCAACAGUCCCGCUCAGGUUCUUCUUCCCGGACAAGUGCCGGAGUCUUGA